GAUUAGGAUGAUAAAAUGAUUGACCAUGAUACUAUUACUCCAGCCCAUGCAACAAAUACAGCAAUCAGCGAGGACUUGGGCCAAGUUGAGUACAUUUUGACUGACAAAACUGGUACUCUAAUAGAAAAUAAGAUGAUCUUUAGAAAGUGCUGUAUCAGUGGCAUUUUCUAUGGAAAUGAGACAGGAGAUGCCUUAAAAGAUGCAAGGUUGCUCAAUGCUGUUGCAAGCGGUUCUCCUGAUGUUAUACGGUUCCUUACAAUAAUGGCAAUAUGUAAUAUAGUAAUACCAGUACAGAGCAAAAGUGGUGCUAUCAUGUACAAGGCGCAGUCCCAGGAUGAGGAUGCACUUGUCCAAGAUGCUGCUCAAUUCCAUAUGGUUUUCUUCAAUAAAAGUGGAAAUAUUCUUGAGAUCAAGUUCAAUGCUUUUACACUUCGAUAUGAGGUUUUGGAAACUCUGGAGUUUACUUCAGAUAGGAAAAGAAUGUCAAUUGUGGUGAAGGAUUGCCAGAGUGGGAAUAUUAUUCUUUUAUCAAAGGGUGCAGAUGAAGCAAUUCUUCUGUAUGCAAGUUUUGGGCAGCAGACAAGGACAUUUAUUGAAGCUGUGGAACAAUAUGCUCAAUUAGGUCUUUGUACACUUUGUCUUGCUUGGCGUAUUUUGGAGGAAGAUGAGUAUCAGGAAUGUUCUUCGAUGUUUAAAGAGGCCAGUAGUACAGUGGUUGAUAGAGAGUGGAGACUAGCUGAGGUCUGUCAAAGAUUAGAACAUGAUCUUGUGAUCCUUGGGGUUACUGCAAUAGAAGACCGUUUACAGGAUGGAGUACCAGAAACAAUAGAGGCAUUAAGAAAAGCAGGAAUCAAUUUCUGGAUGCUUACUGGUGACAAGCAGAAUACUGCAAUACAGAUUGAUCUUUCUUGCAAUUUUGUUUCACCAGAUAAGCCAAAAGGACAACUUCUAUUAAUUAAUGGAAAAACAGAAGAUGAAGUCGGCAGAAGUUUAGAGAGAGUUUUACUUACAAUGAGGAUUACAACUUCAGAACCUAAGGUAUUUUAUAUAGCUCCUAGUUACAGUUUAAGUUUCUUUCAAGCUCACUCUGUUGUCUUCUCUUUUGUUUCAGGUGUCUCAGGGACUAGUCUUUUUAAUUCUGUUAGCUUGAUGGCUUAUAAUGUUUUCUACACUAGUGUUCCUGUUCUAGUCAAUGUCCUGGACAAAGAUCUUAGUGAAGAAACAGUGAUGCAGCAUCCACAAAUUUUGUUUUAUUGUCAAGCGGGAAGACUUAUGAAUCCUAGCACAUUCGCUGGAUGGUUUGGAAGAUCUCUUUUUCAUGCAAAUGUUGUAUUUGUAAUCAGCAUACAUGCCUACGCUAAUGAAAAAAGUGAAAUGGAGGAGAUCUCAUUGGUUGCUCUCUCUGGAUGUAUUUGGUUGCAGGCUUUUGUUAUGAUAUUAGAAACAAAGUAAGUUUCUUUCUAUUAAGCAUGCUUUG